AUGAACAAUUACACGCAAAAAACGGUAUUCACCCAGUUUCGCAGAUUUUGCUGUACGGGAGCGGAAGCUGUCCGAGACGGUUCCGUGUUUUCUUUGCAUUUUGGCGUGGCGGUGCUUGCAGAAUCAAACAAAAUCUACCGUAAUUUAAGCUGAGAAAUGCUGCAAACGCCGCCGUGAGAGCGCUCAUUUUCUGACCCGCAACCUCUCUAAAACAAGUUAUUUUUAUAAGAACUUUUCAGUUUUCGAACUCCGUGUGCAAACAAAAUCAAGAGAAUUUGCUUCCGUGGGAAGAUCCAGUGGCCAUGGUGAUUUUGUCAAAAUACACAGAAAUAUUUGUAAAAUUAAAAAUUUGCAGAAUUCAUACGAUGAUUCCCAAAUGUCAUCCUCCGUUGAAGUGCUCAAAGAGCUGCGGGCUCUUCGCAGGCAAAUAGAAGACGCCAGGGAAGAGGAAAAGCGGCUGAACGGCGAGAAGCAGAGAGAAUUGGAGGAAAACUUCCAGAAAGAACUGCAAGCUUUGCGCGAGAAACAGAAGAUUCAGGAGGAAACGAACCAGCAACUGCUUGAAGAGAUCCGUGCGAUCCGUGCUGCAUUCUUGAAAGAGAACCAUGAAGAUAACAUCAGUGUGCAGAAUGCGGAAGAUCAGAAAGCUGUGGAAGCCGACGAUCAAAAGGAGAAUGCGGAGCGAGUGAACGAGGAAAACGAUCAAUUGGCAGAGAUCCGUGCGGUUCGUGAUGGGUUAUUGAAAGAGAAUGACGAAAAUAUUCAGGAAGUUCUGGAAGCCGGCAAUCAAGAGAAGAACAAUACCACGAUUUUGCAAGAAAUCGUCGGAGCGUGGAGACCCUUUGCAUGGGAAAACAAAGACGAAUACAUUGGGAAGUGGCAUCCGGAGAAAAAAAACAUGUGGACAUCCGGUCGGCUCGAAUACUAUUGGGAUGCGGACAAGCUGAAAGUAGAAAAUGUGUCCGAUGAUGUCGUGGUCGGAGUCGUCCUUGAUGUGAAUGACCAUACGAGCUAUUUUAUCGAGAACAAUCGAAUCAAGACGACGCAUGAAGUGCUUGACGGACCCGGAACUGAGGACGCCGAGCGUUACAUCGAAGACGGAAUACUGCACGUUAUUUACUCGAAGGAAGGUUUGCGCUAUACUCGUAUCUGCGAGAGAGUCGACUAA